AUGUCGGAAAAUAAUGUAAAAAAAGAAAGAUCAGCUGAAUUUGAUGAAGAUAUAUCAGGAACAGCUGGUUUAGAACGAACAGUAGGAACAACAGCAACAUCAACUGGAAUAGCAGAACGAACUGGUGUAACAGUUGUUAUGCCUGAUACAGGAAGUCUUGAUCAUUCUCAUACUAGUCAAGAUAAUCAACAUUUACAAGUAACAUCUGGAUUAAGUAAUAAUACUGGUACUAUUUCUUCGAAUCAAUAG